AUGGACGCAGAAGAGCUGAUUGAGUCCAUCAUCAGAGCUUUCAUGUUUAUAGCAGGGAUCCUGGGAAACAACUGGCUAGCUAUACGCUCCCUGCCCGAGCGGAGAUCUGGCAUCCGCACCAACGAGGUCCUUUUCAUCAACCUGGCUGUCUCCAACCUCAUCACCAACUACCUGGUGGACCUGCCCGACACCAUGGCGGAUUUUGCCGGCCGAUGGUUCCUGGGGGAAACCUACUGUGGCGUGUUCCGCUUCUGCGCCGACCUCUCUGAAACCAGCAGCAUCUACACGACCUUCUUCAUCAGCGCUUUCUGGCACCAGAAGUUGGUCGGCUCCCUGAAACGUGGGGGGGCGCCGGUGCGGCUGGACAGUCUGUGUCUGGUGGGGUGUCUGCUGGCCGGGAGCUGGACGGUGGCUCUGGUCUUCAGCAUCCCCCAUUUUUUCUUUGUCACGGUCGAGGGAGGGAAUGAGAGCCAUGACGACUGUAUAGAUGUCUUCCCUAAUGCAAUAGCCAGGCAAACCUAUGAAAUCUUUUAUUUAACCCUGGCUAAUGCUCUCCCUGUGGCUGGGAUUGUGUUCGCCAGUGUCCAAAUUGUCAUCACUCUGCUUCAAAACCAGCGACGCAUACAGGGUCAUAGCUCUGACCACAGCAAGAAAAUUGUUGAAGCUGAAAACAAGAGCACUGAAAACAGAAAUGAUGAGGGAUCUGUCAGCACUGAUACCGGACCAGACGCCUCAAAAGAUGUCAAAGACUCAGCGUCCCGAAACGACAUUUAUACUGGCAUUCCUCCUUCUUCCUGUCCAAAUGGAGGACUGCCUGGUCACAGUUCCCACAGCUCUCCCAUCAACAGGGAAACAAACACUGACAGCAGAUUUGGAGCUCAACCAAAUCUUUCUAGGCCCAGCCAGAUGCCGGCUAAGCCCAGUGCGAACUCAAGCACUCAGGUGAGGGCAGCCAAGAGUGUGGUGGCUGUGGCCAGCGUGUUCCUGGUCUGCUGGCUGACUCAUCUGCUUCUGCGAAUCACCAACAACAUCCACACCUCCUCGAUAGUGGUGGAGGUGGCCAGCUAUAUUGCAGCCUCCUACACCUGCAUCAUCCCCUACAUAUUCCUGCAUGGAGUGAAAAAGCUUUCUUGCUCAUGUAAAAGGUAG